AUCUACUUAAUUCCCUUGCUCAAAAUCAAAUGUUAGCUCUUAUUUAUGCUUCAUGGAUCCGCUUUUCUCGCUUCUUCACAUCACAUCACAUCACAUCAGCACAGCUAGCCUUUUCUCUCAAACAUAUGCAAAGUCAAGUCAUAGUCUUUAAUUAGCUCUUUAAGACUGGCCCUUCUGUCAUUUUCACUCUCAUAUAUUGUUAGAGAAGAUUUAGCAUUAAAUCUAGGAACAUCUUUCUUGUUCAAAAGGAGUGGUUUGCAACUUUGCAUAGCUUAGCGUUUGUUAUGGGUUGGGGUGGAAGAGCCUCGAAGAGAGGUGGUGGAGAUGGUGGAGGAGGGGAGAGAGACACCACCACUUCUGGUUGCAUGUGUGCUCUUUUUCAGCUCUUCGAUUUCCAUCAACUUCAGUUCCCUAAUUUACACCACCAACAACACUCUCUACGCCCAGAAGAUCUCUCUCUCCCCAAAGGUGUUGAAGCACCAAGGAAUAGCUUGGAUUCAUCUGAGGAAGGGACUUCAUUGUCAUCUAUCACAAAAGAAGAAGAAAGUUUAAACAGUCCUAUUCUGAAAAUCCAACAAAUCAAAACAAGUGGAGGCACAGUAUCAGAUAGCAGCAGCUGCUCACCAGGAACAAAGACUCCAAGUCUAGUAGCAAGAUUAAUGGGUCUUGACCUUCUUCCUGAAUCUCACUCGCCCUCUUCUACUUCAUCAUUAACACCAAAUCCUCGUUCCAUUUCAAAGCCACAUUUGAAUCUACACCCUCUUCGGCCUUCUCGCCAACCCCUCCAAAACACCAAAGACUUCAAAGCAGCAGGUACUCGCUCGUUACCGGAGACUCCUAGAAUAUCAUCUGGCAGAAGAUCGGACGUUGAUCACCACCACCGCCUUUCGCUUCAGAUCAACAAAGAGAACAUAGCCGUUGGCGAGGAGUUGGAGUUUUCUAGGCUGUCGUCUUUUAAAAGGAAGGAGCUGCUCAAGAGUAUUAUUGGAGACCAUGAGAGUGGGAGGAGCCCGAGUCACUAUGCUAGGCAAAUCGUCAAACAGGUCAAGGAGACUGUGAGCAGGAAAAUGGGAUUGGUCGACGUCACAAACACCACAAGAAAUGAUCGAGACCUCCUCAAUCACCAGCUCAAAUUGAAAAAAGCUACGCAAGACGCAAAUCCCGGAAAACCAUCAACACCUUCUUCUUGCUCCCCAAGGCUCAGAUUGUCGGAGGCCAAGACCAUCAAACCACGCACCACCAAUACUAUAGCAACAACAACAUCAACAACUUGCAAGGACCAAAUUCAAGUUCUACCUCCAAAACCAAACAAUGUCAAGGUUCAAGCCAAGCCAAAGCCUCAACCACUGCAAGAACAGAAGCCGCCUCAGGCCAUAUCAAUUCAGAAGAGCCGAAGAAUUGUUGACGACGGGUUUAGUCCAGCUAAAUUGAAGAAGCAAGAAGAAGCCUUCGUUCGUCCAUCAACGGCUCCCACAAGAGCUCAGCAGCAAUGCAAGAAAACCCAACUCAUCUCGAACAAUCUUCUCAAUCUCAACAAUGUGCCUACUCUUCUUCCGAUCAAGAAAGACCCUUCACCGCCGGCGACCAAACUCCCACAAAAACAGUUAUCUAGUUCCACGAGCCAGCAGCUGCAGAGUCAGUACAAACAAGAUCAAGCCUCCUCCUCGAGCCUUGUGCUCGCUGCCCGAGGCAAAAACUACGACGUAGUACCAAACGGUCUCGCCGCCGCCAGAACCACCGGUGGCGCUGGUGUUGUUGUUGGAAUAUCAGCAGAUGUGCUCCAGUACGUCACGAGAAUAUUAUGCCGUACUGGCAUAGAUAAAGACACACAAGUUUCGUUCACCAACUGGUUCUCUCCGUCCCACCCACUUGACCCCUCCAUUUUUUACCACCUCGAAGACUCUUUCACCGCUUUUACCACAACUCACCCUAGCCAGCUCGGCCUUAGGUGCAACCGGAAGCUAGUGUUUCAUGUGGUAGACGAAAUUCUUGUCGAAAUUUUGAGACCCUAUCUCAACCUCAAGCCAUGGGUCAGCUCAACUAGUGCUACAAAAUUUGGUUACAAGGGAUCGAAGUUGAUCGACAUUGUGUGCUACAAAAUCCAGAGCUUUCCGGGCGCCGAUUGCCGUGUUCUAGAGGACAUCGACGAGUUGAUCGACGAGGACUUGCCGGAUUCGAAGGUGCAAAGUGUAAUGGCUUUGGCUUUUGAAGAAGAAGGAGAGGGGGUGAUGAGGGAGAUGGAGGAGGACAUAUUGGACACUCUAGUGCACGAAACGGCUAUGUGCCUAUGGUUUUGAAUUCCCUGAAACGACGGCGUAACGGUGCAUGGGCGCGCAUUAGAGACCAGAGCUAGACCAGGGUGCAUGGGGUGCAGGGGGGGGUCACAUGGGUGGUUCACGUGAUGAGAUGCUAUUCGUCCGGGGGUGCUCGGUGGUGGUGGGGCCCGCGUGCAGAUUGGGACCUGUAAAGUGGGCGAGAGGGCGACACGUCUGGUCUCGGAGGACCGACAGGGGUGGCAGAGAGCCGCAGAGGAAUCCAUUCCCUUCUUCUCGAGCUCUAGCCUUUUGUAAUUUGUAAAUUGUUGCUUAGCUUUCGAAAUUAUAUUUGUAUUCUUUGGGUUAUCAAAGUACGUUAAUGUAA